CAAUCCACGUUCUUCCCUCGAUCCUUUUUUUUGACCAUUUUUCAAAAACAGAGAAAAUAAGAAAGAUGGCUCCUUAUUCUUCAUCAGAAGAUGUUGAAGAUCCGACCCUUCCAAACUACUCUGAUUAUGCCCCAUUGCCCGACAUCAAUAAUGAACUACCCGCCCGCCACCCGAAAAAAGCAGCAGCCGCUUUUUUUCUCGUGUCUGCCUUCUUGGUUGUUGCCUUUCUAAUCUCCGGAAAUGGCGGAAGGCCUCGACUUUUCCCCAACGGCAACAACGAAGAGGACUUAAACAACAACAUUAAUUUUAUUAAUAAUAAUUAUCAUUCAUCAUCAUUGUCACGUGGGGUGUCUAAUGGCGUGUCCGAGAAAACCUUUCAUCCGUUAAUGUUGUUGUCAUCAUCAUCGGAUACAUCAGAUAACGCAAAUCCAUGGACUCCCAAUGUGUUGGAUUGGCAAAGAACUUCUUUCCAUUUCCAACCCCACGGAAACUGGAUGAACGAUCCUAAUGGUCCAGUAUACUACAAGGGAUGGUACCACUUGUUUUACCAAUACCAUCCGGACGCUCCCGUGUGGGGCAAAAUCGUUUGGGGACAUGCGGUGUCGAAAGAUCUCAUCAACUGGCGCCACCUCCCAAUCGCUAUGGAAACCGAUCAAUGGUACGACGAGCAAGGUGUUUGGACAGGUUCCGCAACCAUCCUUCCAGACGGUCAGCUUGUCGUACUUUAUACCGGGUCAACAAACGAAUCGGUCCAAGUCCAAAACCUAGCUUAUCCCGCUGACCCAUCAGACCCACUUCUCAUCAAUUGGGUCAAAUACCCCGGAAAUCCUGUUUUAGUCCCUCCACCCGGUAUAGGUGUUAAAGAUUUCCGUGACCCUACGACCGCAUGGAAAACCCCCCAAGGUAAAUGGCGUAUCACAAUCGGGUCAAAGAUCAAUAAAACCGGCAUUUCUUUGGUUUACGAUACCGAGGACUUCAAAACUUUUGAGUUAUUAGAUGGGUUGCUUCAUGCGGUUCAAGGUACGGGUAUGUGGGAAUGUGUUGACUUUUACCCCAUUUCAAAACAUGGUGAAAAUGGGCUUGAUACGUCUGUAGAUGGGCCCGAGGUCAAACAUAUAGUCAAAGCUAGUAUGGAUGAUGACAGAAAUGACUACUAUGCAAUUGGUACUUAUGAUGCACUUAAGGGAAAAUGGACCCCGGAUAAUCCUGAAUUGGAUGUCGGGUUUGGGUUGAGAUACGAUUAUGGAAUAUACUACGCCUCCAAAACCUUUUACGACCAAAACAAACAAAGAAGAGUUUUGUGGAGUUGGAUCAAGGAAACCGACACCGAAGUGUCCGACAUCAGAAAGGGUUGGGCUUCCCUUAUGGGUGUUCCAAGAACAAUUGUGCUGGAUAAAAAAACACAAAGCAACAUAAUUCAAUGGCCCGUUGAAGAGAUUAAUGCUUUGAGGACGAAUGUAACGGUUUUUAAGAAUGUUGUAGUGAAAGCCGGCUAUUUAGUACCUCUUAACCUGCCUGCAGCAUCUCAGUUAGACAUUGUUGCUGAGUUUCAACUUGACGAGGCGACAGUAUCACGAGUGAAUGGAGCUGAGGUCGCAUACAGUUGUGCUAGUAAUGGAGGAGCUGCACAACGAGGUGCAUUAGGGCCGUUUGGUUUUUCAGUCCUUGCACAUGAGGGACUCAUUGAACAUACCCCUGUGUUUUUCUAUGUUGCUAAAGGCCUUGAUGGAAAUCUUAAAACUUUCUUUUGUGCUGAUCAAUCGCGGUCAUCUACUGCUAGCGAUGUCGAUAAGUCCAUCUAUGGAAACAUUGUGCCAGUACUCAAAGGCGAAAAGCUAUCGAUGAGAAUUUUGGUGGAUCAUUCGAUAGUAGAAAGUUUCGCACAACAAGGACGGACAUGUAUUACUUCAAGAGUCUAUCCAACAAAGGCAAUCUACAAUGAUGCUCAGUUAUUCUUGUUUAACAAUGCCACCUCAGCAACAGUCACUGCUUCAGUCAACGUAUGGCAAAUGAAAUCUGCUCAAAUUUAAUUUUAUUGAUUAUUUAAGUUUCGUAUGUUUAAAGUCAUUUUUUCGAUCGAUUUCUUCAUUUUUGUACAUGAAAAUCAAGCAAACUCUGAGAAAGGAGGAGUCACCUUGUAAUUGAGUAUAAUAUGUAUAUGCAAUUGGUAAAAAUUCAUUUUAUUUCUUUUAA